CCUCUCUUCCUCCCAUCCAGUCUCUGUAACCCGCCCACUAGUUGGUUUCUGCUUAGUGUUAUGUGGUGAUAAGAGCAGAGAAGAAACGGCAAAGAAGGCCCUAAUCAGCCCUUUUCUCUCAAGAUCUGCACCUUCCAAUCCUGCAGUUUUACUCUCUUACGACUACCAUGCUCCGUCUGACUGCAGGGCGCCUGGGAAGCCUCGUGGGCAGGCGCGCGACAGCGGCCUUGACCACCAGCAGCGCGAGGAUGGCGAGCCACGGUCACGAGGUGGCAGGGAGUGUGGACAUGUCUCAGCCACUGUACUGGGACCGUCUGGACACCCCUCUGCCUGACAGAGCCUACAAAGAAGUCCUGACUGCUGCUGACAAGAGCCUGAAGCAGAAGGAGAAAGGACCCUGGAGCCAACUGAGCAAAGAGGAGAAGAUUGCUUUGUACCGGGUGACGUUCCGUCAGACCUACGCAGAGAUGAAGCAGCCGUCAGCAGAGUGGAAAACUGUCAUGGGCGGUGUCUUCUUCUUUCUGGGCUUCACUGGCCUGGUGGUCUGGUGGCAGGCAGCCUACGUCUACCCCGAGCGCCCCAGGACCUUUACUGACGAGUGGAAGGCCAAGCAGCUGAAGAGGAUGCUGGACAUGAGGAUCAACCCCAUCGAGGGCUUCUCGUCCAAGUGGGACUACGAGAAGGGCCAGUGGAAGUAAAGAGACUGCGGCGGAGGUGGCAUAGAGUCUGGACCCUUCAACCUCAGACCUCUGUGAAGCUGCUGCUGAAGUCAGGCUCAAUCUGAAUGUUGCAUUACAACUAUCAAAACCACUAGAAAGAAGGAUUUAUCCACUGUCCAUAUCUCUGGGGUCUUUUUUAUUCUGUGCCACCUGCGGCUCUCAGUCAGACCUUCUGUCACCGUCCUGUUGUAACCAUAUACUAAUAAUAAUAAUAAUAAAGUUUUGCUUAUGUCUCUCUCUGGCA